AUGGCAAAGCUUGCUGAGCAAGCCGAGCGGUAUGAGGAAAUGGUGGAGUUUAUGAGGGUGGUCGCCCAGUCCAAGUCCGAGGACCUCAAUUUGGAGGAGCGCAACUUGCUGUCUGUUGCCUACAAAAACGUCGUGGCGCUCGCCGGCCCAAAAAAAGAAAAGAAAAAAGAAAUGGGCCACCCCAGAUCGCAGCACUUCGUGUUGGCCAGUCGAGAUAUUGAGAGUGUGACUAGGAGGGAGGGACGCUGGGGAUUCUCAAAGGUAUACCCUUGGAAUGGCCGGAUCCAGCCUUAA